CCAAACUCUUCUCGUGGAGUCCCGCCGCCGUGUGCUGUCCUGUACCUGCUGCGCACUCUCCUCUUCACCCUGACCCCCUCUGUCCGCCUUUGCCUCCUCUCUGAGCUCCAAUUGGCUGCGGGGCAGAAGAGGCGCCGUCCCAGCCCACCCACCGUCUUUUUUAGAGCUCUGUCGGUGCUUUUUAGAGCUCACCGUCACUUCCUCGCUUUGGGAUCCGGGCUGAGCGCACGCAGACACGGCUACGGCAUGGCAGCUAGUCACGAGUACAGAGGUUACCUACGGGACAGCGUCGACCUGGAGGCGACCCAGCACCACCGCUUCCACCCGGUCCAGAGCUCGGACACCACGUACCGGCCCUUCAUUAUUGGGACCCUUGCUAUAAUGGGACUGCUCCAGGUGGCGUCCAGCGUGGCCAUCUUAUUACACCUGACAGGUUAUCUGCAAGAGGUAGACUUGUCCACAGCUCCACAUCGGUCCAUUGAGGACAUGCCAGAACCGAUUAUGAACGCCUUACAAGCGCCAAAACUGAAAAAAUGCAACAAGAACAGAUGUAAAAGUCCGAGAGACAGCGUGCCAUCGGCUCAUCUACCGAUCAGAGCGAAACACGAGUAUCCAAAAGGCAAGCCUCAGCCGGUCACUAUCGAAUGGGACAACAACCAAGGAGACCUCCACUGCAUCAAGUACGAGAAGGGCAAGCUGUACAUCGACGAGCCCGGGUACUACUACGUCUACGCCAAGACCUGCUUCCGCUACUACAACGUGGCGGAGGGGCGCGACGUCUCCACCGUGGACUUCAGUAACAUUCAGCUCAUUCAGUACAUUUGCCACGACAUCCACCAGCAGAACACGAAGGUGAGGCUGAUGAAGACCGGCAGCACCCUGAGAUGGAACAACGCCAGCUACAACAUGUACUGCGCCCAGCAAGGCCGAGGGGUACGGCUGGAGCAGGGCGACUCGCUUUUUGUGAACGUGUCCAACGCGUGGCUACUGGACCAGGAGACGGAGGGGACUUACUUCGGCGCGAUAAAACUGGGGGGCUGACGUGUUAAAAGCGAAGGCGUGGACGUGCUACUGAACUUUCCGAAACUAUGCCAAAGACCACUGUUAUGGCUAAUUUUCUUGUCACUAUUGUCGUCUCGUGUUGAUCUGUCAAACGAAUCUCCUGUAAUUAUUCACGCAGAGGUCGGUAGGAACCAAAAAUAAAUGGAAAGUGAUGGGGGCCGUCACUUUUACGAUUGGCUAAUGACUCGCGGCGAUUCGAGACGCGAGUUCGGUUGUAUCUUUGUACCUUGUCCAAAGAAACGGUACUGGAUAUGUUCAUUUAUGUUGACAACUGCUGGGGAAUACUCGUUCAAUGUGCUUUUUUGGGGGGGGAUUUAAACAUAUCUGUACCAUUUAAAACAAACUUCACAGGUCAGAGCCGCUCGGAGCUCUUCUGACAUCUGCUUACACUUUGUACGGAGCCAGAUAAAACUAACAAUCCUCCGGACCUGAGUCUCUGACCCUCAGCAGAUGGGAGUAUGGAGUUUUUAGAUGGUCAGUGAGCCAUCCCCGCUCUGUGUAACUGAGGUAUGCUCGGAUUUGUUUUACCUAAAGGCGGGGAAAUGAUUAAUUUUAACUGACAACUGGCUUUAUAAUAACUACGCCAUUUACAGGCUUAGUAAAACAUGAACAAAGACUUCAUUUAAGAGGGUUCAGGGUUCGGAACGGCUCAAUGAACGGGUUAGGGUUCGGAAUUUUGGGUAUGGCAUUAUUAAAAGUGUGUAAAUCAUGCUUUAUUAAGACUAAUUAAGGUGUAGUUAUUAUAAAGUGUUACCCAAGUCAAACAAGUGAUGCCUUAAAUGUAAAAAAAAAAUACACAAAAGAACUAAAACGAACGAACCGCUUUGACUAUCGUAAAAGACAAAAGUUAAAUCUGUCAACUGGACACUGCCUUAUGUCUGUCUGAAGGCGCUAACUACGCUGAAACUGGAAAGAGCUUUUGUCAUAUUCAUUCAGUUCUUAAUGGCUACUUCCACGUCUAUUUGCGUCAUGGCGAGCUCUAUUGUCCUCUUUGUUUCCUUUGUUUGCUUUGGGUCUGAGGAUGGAGUUAUAGAUGGGGGGAAAGGUGAUGUCUAAAGCUCUCAUUCCUGUUCAAAGAUGGGUUGUCUUUCCAAACAAAACUAGCUUCUUUAACUCCUCUUAAACCUUUUCUUUCUCCGGCUGAGAUCUGUCCGUCACGCUCUUCAGACGAGCGGUUAGUGUCUUUAAGAUGGAGAUGUACGGUGUGUUUUUGUCCAUUUGACAGAUUUUACUUUGGUUUUUUACUAUGGAUCAGACCUGGACGACUGAGGGAUUACACAGACUACUUUGACAUCAACAUUCAGAGCAGAUAGCUGGACUGUCUGGCCAAUCGUGACACGAAAAGUCUCCUUUAACUUGAGCCAAAUUGACUUUGGCUCAUCAUUAACUUAAUAUUUUUUUCAUUUGGCUCUUCAGCGAGGUAAAUGGGAAUAUGCACUAAAUAUUUAUUUAUUAGUUCUAGAGUUACAGAGAGGGGCCACUGUUACAGUGAGCGCCCCCCGCUGUAGAAACAGUAUAUUUCAUGUGUGUUUGAGUUCAUUAUACAGCACUUAGAGGUUCCAGUAGACAUGCUUUUUGUAAUAAAAACACAGGGGCUUUGAGUUUGAAUUCAAUAUUUAUGUGUUUUAUUUUUGACAACUGUGUGUGCACUUGACAUGAGCAGGACGGAUGCUUCAGAUUGUAUACAGUAAGAUUGUUGUUUAUACAAAACUGUCGAUAUAAUUUAUGUUGUUAAUAAAACUACUUUUGUAACAAUGU